CGAGCUGGUGAGGCGACUUAAUUGCUUCCAGGCGCGGUGCUAGUGCUCCACUCUCUUGAUUGUUGGUUACGAUUACGAAAUAUUUUCCGAGCACAACAAUGCAACGCACCAGUUUUCUUCUUUCUUGAACGACCGCUCCUUGACUUCAUAGGUGUCCGUUAGCAUUGCGGUGUGGUUGAGUUAUUGUGCGGUAUACGAUUAGGCAGAAUAUCUUCAGUGGUUCAAAUGCAGGUCACUGGUUAGGUUUCAAGUGUUUUAGUAAGGAAGUAGCCAUGUUUGCGAAUAGGCUCCGAAUCCAUUGGAGCUUGAUGGCACUACUCCUGAUUCUGUUCGCCGCAACCGUUUGUGUGGGACCAGCCCACGGUCAGGAAAAUGAGGAAACCAAUCGCAUAGAGAGGCGGCGGCCAACGAAGCUGUCUGUCCGCUUGGUCGGCGGACCGAAUGCGCUGGAAGGGAGAGUAGAGGUGCAACACAACGGGACGUGGGGCACCAUCUGCGAUGACAACUUCGACUUGAGCGAUGGCAACGUCAUUUGCCGGCAACUGGGCUUUCGCCGAGCCCUCCGCAUCAUCGUCGGCGGUAAGUACAGGACCACUGACCCGUCCAUGCCCACACUACUGGAUGAGGUGAACUGCAGUGGCGACGAGAAGAAGCUUGUGGAUUGCAAGUUCACCAUUGGCCAACAUGACUGCGACCCAUACCACCGAGAGGACGCAGGUGUCCGGUGCUAUUUUGUAAGGAGGAAGCGUGUCCAUGUUCCAGAGCUGCUCGUCCGGCUACAAGGAGGUUCUGACGAUGAUCUGGAAGGCUACCUGCAAGUAUUCUAUCGCAAUCGCUGGGGGCUAGUGAGUGGAGAGGAGUGGUCGCAAAUCAACUCCAAAGUAGUGUGCGGACAGAUGGGUUACUGUGACGCUGAGGAAACCAGCGUUGUGGACGAGACCAGCUCCUACUUCAAUUUCUCUUCAGUGGUGGGCGGGGACAGACCUUUCUUUUGGAUGAAAGGUGUCUCGUGCCACGGUGGCGAGUCUCUGCUCAAGGACUGCCGUCACCUCGGUUUCAACGGUUACUACAUGCUGCCGGCAGCCAAGGUCCGCUGCCUGAAAUCAUGUCGGACGUUUUUCCAGAAUGGCACUGAGAGGCCACAGAAAGUGCGCUUGAGAGGAGGCGCACGUAACAACGAAGGCCGUCUUGAAGUCCACGUGCAGGGCAGAUGGGGCACCGUGUGCGGUACAUACUUCUACAAGGAGACAGCGACGGUUGCAUGUCGACAGCUGGGCUUUGGAUCAGUGAAGAAUAUGUUCUCGAAGACACCAUAUGGACGUGGUAUUGGACCUGUGUGGCUUCAGGACGUGAACUGCCGGGGUAAUGAGGGUGACCUUCUGGACUGUGACAAGCGAGUGAAUCCACGCCCUGAUAAUCAGUUCUAUGCCAGUUGUCGGCAUUCCAGAGAUGUAUCCAUUGAAUGUAGAGUGCCACGUUUCAACACACGGGUCCGUGUGUACGGUGGCAGGACAGCGUCUGAAGGGUUUGUACACAUCCGCCACCGCGCGCAGUGGGGUGGACUGUGUAAGAACUCGCUUGGCCGAUGGACCAUGCUGGAAGCCAACGUGGCAUGCCGGGACAUGGGAUUGGGCUUUGCAGUGUCGCAUACGCCCUACUUUCCACCAGCACCGCCAACCAAUCAGUCUGCUGGCUUAGUCACACACUGGAUUGCACCGCUCAGGUGCACUGGCAAGGAACAGAAGCUCCACCACUGUGCACAGGGCAGCAAGAACAGCUGGAUCGGAGCCAGAUUCUGUCCGCAGGGCGAAACAACUGUUCUUUGCUCCAAACAGCUGCCUGACCUUAUCCCUGAUGCCUUUCGCUUGAAGUCAACCUUGUCAAGAACUGUUCACCGGCAGAGACUGGUCCGGCUUAGGUGUGCCAUGGAAGAAAACUGUCUCUCAAGCUCAGCCAGCGCCUACAACCCGUAUUCUUCUGAAGCCUACUAUGUCUAUCGGAAGCUGCUCCGCUUCUCAGCGCGCAUCAUGAACUAUGGGACGGCUGACUUCAUGCCGUCGAAUGACAGGAGACAAUGGCAGUGGCAUUCGUGUCAUAGGCACUUUCAUAGCUUUGAGGAGUUCACUCAUUACAACAUCUCUGACGAGCAAGGAAAGCUGGUCGUGGAAGGCCACAAGGCUAGUUUUUGUCUUGAGGACGUUGAGUGUGACCCGGAUACUUCACGACGAUUCCACUGUGCACAUGGUACACAGGGUAUCAGUGUGAAUUGUGCCGAUGUGUACCGCUAUGACAUCGACUGCCAGUGGGUGGAUGUGACGGAUUUAAACAGCGGUGUCUUCACGCUGACUCUGGCAGUCAACCCGCUGGGACUUGUUGUCGAAAGUGAUCACUCAAAUAACGUAGCGUGGUGCCAGUUUGGCUAUGAGAGAUCAACUGGAGUAGUUACUAUGAUCAAGUGGGGACUCAGGGAUCACUGAUCAAAACCUCUGAACUGCGGAAUCAAAACAAGGAUGCAGAAACUUGAGUGAGAAGAAGUGCUAUCAAGAGACGGCCGUUAUCAUAUUCAGUGUGUUGGUGACUGAUCAUACAGGGUAGGGGAGAUCGACUGUUGAGCCUAGCGCAGACACAUCAUCUGGUAUAUCCAUGAUUCUGAAUGUUGGACCGCACAGUAAAGUCUGGCCAAUGUCAAACUCAUUGAACAUGAUUAUACGCGCAGCAUGUGCUGUGCCAGUUACUGCAUGCAUUUUCGCCUUGAGACACUUCUCACACAUGAUUAUGCUGCAAACUGUAAAUAUGGCACUGCAUUAUUAACUGUCUUUAUGUACAUGACACCAUCACCGUCACACAUGAUCAGACGGCUCUAUCAAGCUGCAGCUCUGCUUUCACUUGUAACAAGGUGCUUUACAUGUGAUUUAUCCAGCGGCCAUGCUUUUUAUUAAAAACACCUCAGUGUUGCCCGAGUCACCCUAGAAGCGGCCACACCUUUCCGUAUCGGCCAUGAACUUCUCAGUAUUCAUGCAUCGCUCUGCUCUUCACAAUUUGUUCCACUGAAUACACUAACCAUAGUCACGGCCUAAGUAACAGUUUGCCCUUGCAAUAAAUCUGUUUCUGCUGUGAAUGGCUGUGCUGUUGGAGAGCAUAAUACCCGAUAUGUGAACACAUUGACAUUACACUCACCCCC